UAAAGGUAGUGAAGGGAUGCUCGCUCCAUCGAACUUGUUAUGGCAAGAUUUCUUCUCGUGUGUUCCGUAGCCUUUCGGCCCAGGUUUGUUUCCCGACAGGGAAAAGCAUAUUGAGAGUUCCGUGGCUCAAACACAUCUCUUGAGAUGGAGGCCUUCGAGGUGCAACGGCACCAGGGGCCAGUGCCACAGGUGCGCCCGCACGUCAGCCCACUCACAGUGAGCCUGUUCAUCCUUGUCGUGGAGGUCUGCGAACGCUUCUGUUACUAUACCUUGCAGGGCACUCUGCGCAACUUCUUGAUGGAAGUGGGUCCAACAGACGCCCAGGGAAAGCGGGGCCUCUCACAGGGAGCGGCGACCGCCAUUUCGGCAUGUUUCAGCAUGCUCGCUUACCUGACAUGCAUACUGGGGGGAUGGAUGUCUGACAAUGUGCUUGGCCGCUACCGGACAAUACUGUAUUUCUCCGCCGUGUAUGUGAUAGGGGCGUGGAUCCAUGCAAUAGCAGCAUGGCCUAGCAUUAUGAGGACUGCAGCCUCAUUACCAAUUUCGUUGAUGGGGUUAUCACUCUUCAUUGCCGUUGGCACUGGCACCAUCAAGCCGAAUGUGAUGAGUUUCGGCGCUGACCAGUUCGACACUACCGACUCGGUACAGAAAGCGCAGCAAAAACAGUUCUUCACAAUUUUCUACGCUUCGAUAAACAUUGGAAGCUUCAUGGCGGUCGGAUUCACUGUGAACUUGGCCACGUCAGGCAUCACGAAGGACAGCGCGGGCUCUGGCUUCUUCUGGGCGGGGCUGAUCGCCGCUUUGUCGAUGCUAUGUGCCAACAUUACCUUCGUUGCAGGGGUUAGGUUUUACAAGGGAAGGGACAAGCCGCAGCACGCGCCGAUGCUUCAGAUUCUGAGUCGUCGCCUAACCGACGCGGCCUCUCGAAGCGUCAGAGGUAAGAUCGCUUUGCUAGGAUGGGGCCUCAUUCCAGUCUCCAUGGCCAUUGUCAUGGUCGGGUCCAUGGCGACCGACUUCGACCCCAGGCUAGCGAAGGCCAUGUCAUGGACGGGGUUCGCGAUGUCGGCACUUUCCUGUGCCAUGCUGAUCGCUGCCCACCACCAAAAUGAUUUCAUCGCGCCGCUCCCAGCCCAGGCUCUGCAGGAAAGCGACAUCACCGCUUCAGACGUAACAGAGUUUCUCUCGUGCGUCCCAACCAUGUUUUGCAUCAGCGUGGGGUUCGGCAUCCCCUACAACGCCGCCAGCAACGUCUACGCCGCCCAGGCUUGCCAGAUGGAUGUCCGCCUGUUCGGCACUCAGGUGAACGGAGGCUUCUUCAAUCUAGCAAAUGCUGUGGCCAUCGUCUGCAUGGCGCCGAUCGUCGCCGUGAUAAUGCUUCGACUAGAGCAAGCUCUGCAGCGACCAGUCACCCUGACAGAAAAGGCGACGUCGGCAUUCGCAUUCGUGAUAUCUGCUAACUUCUCCGCGGUUAUUAUCGAGUUCAUUCGCAAGGAGAUGUCCCUGGGCAGCUCUCCCAACUUCGUGCCGUGCCCCCAGGACAGACCAGAGAAUUGGCAAUGCACCGCUGGCGACGUGUACCUUCUCUCCAAGUGCACGCCCAACGGUAGCAUCGCGAUGACGAACAUGUCGGCGAUGUGGAUGAUGAUCCCGCAGUUCCUCACUGGCGUGGGGGAGCUCCUCUGCAAUCCAGUGAUGUAUCAGUUUCUGUACGACGAGGCUCCCGCACGGCUCACGUCCUUGGCACAGGCCCUCAAUCUGGUGUGCGCUGGGGCCAUCUCCAACGCUAUCACGGCAGCCUUUGGGGCGCUGGUCCCCGAGGAUUUCAAUAAGGGUUCCCUGAAUUAUUUCUACUACGCGUCCAUGGCGGUCGCCGCGUCUUUCCUUGCGGUCUACUGGGUGGUUAAGCUCCCCGAGAAGGCACCGCCCGAGCCCACUCCGCCGGAGGAGCAGCGAGGUCUUCUUGUGUCGACGACCACGCUUGAAAGUGCAAAGCGAGCGUAGAGGAACGCAACCCCUUCGUAUUAAUUCAAGCUUGAUUGGUCGUGCAUCUGUAUCCGAGGCAAGCAUUCGAGUGGGCACGUGUGUGCAAAUCUAGUCUUAGAUUUCCAGUUUAUCUGUCUGGUGCUUUCGAUUAGCCUGCCACAGUGGCCUUCACGUAGCCAUGUUCGCUGCCAGUUUUUCAACGUUCGCAGCACAAUCUGGGGUGCGUAGCCACCCUGUUCUGACAACUCCCAGGACGUGUAUAUGCAGAUUGUGGGUGUG